UGCUCCAGCAUCUGUUGGACCAUAAAAUGAAGUCACCGAGCUCUGCCUUGCACCUGCCUUUCUAUUUGGGGGGUACUUUUGUUGACUGACUAGGAUUUCCAAACCAGGCUGGCUCUGUGUUCUUUCAAAGACCUCUCUUCUUCUGUGGCCACAGAAGGUUCCACAGUGAGAGGAGCUGUGCGGAAUCCAGUGGGAGCUCUGCUGUGUCAGCACCUGGAAGCCUUACUAGGGAAGCAGGUCCAAGCCCCAACCCACAGCAAAGCCCCAGCCUGCCCUCCUUCUGAUGUCCAGGGGAAGCCAGACCCCGGUCCACUGAAGCCAUGGGCUCCUCCCACUCUGCAGUCCUAUCCAUGACACAGCUUGGUCUGUGGUGGCUCCUUCUGACCCCAGCAGGGUCAGCACAGCGAGCCUCCCAUACCCAAGCUGAGGACCGCCUCUUCAAACACCUCUUUAAGGGUUACAACCGCUGGGCGCGGCCAGUGCCCAACACCUCGGAUGUGGUGAUCGUGCGCUUUGGGCUGUCUAUUGCCCAACUCAUCGAUGUGGAUGAGAAGAACCAGAUGAUGACCACCAACGUCUGGCUAAAGCAGGAGUGGACCGACUACAAAUUGCACUGGAACCCGGCCGAUUUCGGCAACAUCACAUCCCUCCGGGUCCCUUCGGAGAUGAUCUGGAUCCCUGACAUUGUCCUCUAUAACAAUGCAGAUGGGGAGUUUGCCGUGACCCACAUGACCAAGGCCCACCUCUUCUCCACGGGCACCGUGCACUGGGUGCCCCCCGCCAUCUACAAGAGCUCCUGCAGCAUCGACGUCACCUUCUUCCCCUUCGACCAGCAGAACUGCAAGAUGAAGUUCGGCUCCUGGACCUAUGACAAGGCCAAGAUCGACCUGGAGCAGAUGGAGCAGAUGGUGGACCUGAAGGACUACUGGGAGAGCGGCGAGUGGGCCAUCGUCAACGCCACCGGCACUUACAACACCAAGAAGUAUGACUGCUGUGCCGAGAUCUACCCCGAUGUCACCUACUACUUUGUCAUCCGGCGCCUGCCUCUCUUCUACACCAUCAACCUCAUCAUCCCCUGCCUGCUCAUCUCCUGCCUCACCGUGCUCGUCUUCUACCUGCCCUCGGACUGCGGCGAGAAGAUCACGCUCUGCAUCUCCGUGCUGCUCUCGCUCACCGUCUUCCUCCUGCUCAUCACUGACAUCAUCCCCUCCACCUCCCUGGUCAUCCCGCUCAUCGGCGAGUACCUGCUCUUCACCAUGAUCUUCGUCACGCUCUCUAUCGUCAUCACGGUCUUUGUCCUCAACGUCCACCACCGCUCCCCCAGCACCCACACUAUGCCCCGCUGGGUGCGGGUGGCUUUUCUGGGCUGUGUGCCCCGGUGGCUCUUGAUGAACCGGCCCUUGCCCCCCUUGGAGCCCCACGACCCCCCGGAUCUGAAGCCCAGCUCCUCUUAUCACUGGCUGGAGACCAACGUGGAUGCGGAGGAGAGGGAGGAGGAAGGGGAGGAGGAAGAGGAAGAUAGAUGGGUGUGGGCGGCUCAUUCAUCCCCGGCCGUGGGUGCCCUCUGCAGCCAUGGCGGUCUGCACCAAAGGGCCUCAGGUCCCAGGGCGGAAGCCCAGCUGCAGGAGGGUGGGCUUCUGCUGUCACCUCGCAUACAGAAGGCUCUGGAAGGUGUGCACUACAUUGCUGAUCACCUGCGAUCUGAGGAUGCUGACUCUUCAGUGAAGGAAGACUGGAAGUAUGUGGCCAUGGUCAUUGAUAGGAUAUUCCUCUGGUUGUUUAUCAUCGUCUGCUUCCUGGGGACCAUUGGACUCUUUCUUCCUCCAUUCCUGGCUGGAAUGAUCUGAUUUCCUGUUCCUUGCUUUGACACAAAGGUGGCACUACUGACAUCUGUAACCACUGCCUCCUUCAGAGUACACCUAUGGAGUCAACGACAUCUGACUGCAGGUGCUUCUCUGUGGAGUCCCUACACUGGCCUAGUCAUCGAAGACUCCUUGGGUCACUUAAUUCACUUGACGUUAUUGUACUGCAUGCAGAGAAUCUGCUGGGCACAGAGCCCUGUUUUAGGUGCUGAGGAAUGAAGAAAUAAGGAACUUGCUCUGCAGAAGUUUUCGAUAUGAUGGUGACAAUAUGAAGCCCUGUAGGAUUCUCCUGCAGGGGCCAAUGAAGACACUGGGUAACAGGAGGAGCAAGCAGGAUGA